UUUGCAGCGAGCUUGAUGUCCCUCAAUCUUCCUGUCGGGUCCAUGAUCGGCAUCAUGGCGCCGAACCUGUACGAAUGGGGGGUGGUCCAGUUUGCGGCCGCCAAGGCGGGACUCGUUCUGGUUAACAUCAGCACAGCCUACCAGGUUCCCGAACUUAAGCAUUGCCUGAACCAUACUGAGUGCGAGGCAGUCAUUCUGUCGGAAAAGUUUGCGAGGCAAGAUUACUAUCAGUCGCUGCUCGAGAUAGCGCCGGAAUUGGAGAGAGCUGCGCCGGGCGAACUCAAAAGCCCCAGACUGCCGUAUUUAAGGCACGUGAUUCUAAUCGGCGAUUCUCCAAAACCCGGCACAGUGACGUUCGACGACCUGAUGAAAUCAGCCACGAACGCAGAUCACGCCGCCAUGCAAUCCAUCUCUUCGAAGCUGCAGUUCGACGCAGCGGCGAACGUGCUCUUUACGUCCGGUACGACUGGGAAACCCAAGGCAGCCCUGUUGUCUCAUUUUAACAUAGUGAACAACGCCAACUUGGGCGGCCGUUGGCUUGGACUCCAUGAGCAAGACGAUUCGAUCUGCCUCAACGUACCCCUGGUCCACUGCUACGGCUGUGUGGGAGGUUCGCUGGCAGCAGCCCUGUUUGGGGCCACCCUUGUGAUGCCGGCCCCAAGCUUCAAAGCGAAGGCCGCUCUCGAGGCAAUCGCAGAGCAACGGUGCACGUUUAUCUAUGGAACGCCCACAAUGUACAUAGACAUGAUUAAGGAGCAACAAGAGGGGAAGUACGACGUUUCGUCUGUUCGGAAAGGUAUCAUGGGUGGAGAUUCAUGUCCCCUAGAAGUGGUGACUAACGCAAUGACAACGUUGAACAUGCAACAGUUCCAGACUCUCUAUGGUACCACGGAGAUGGGCCCGGCUAUAACCUGUACAGACAGUGCUGAAUCGACGGAGCAGUGGAUCGAAACAGUGGGAAAGCCACUCGAUCACACAGAGGUGAAGAUUGUCGAUUCGCAAGGCAGAAUCGUCCCCUUCAACCAGAGCGGGGAACUUUGCGCUCGAGGCUACGGUGUCUUCAAGGGCUACCUCAAGCAGGACGACAAGACAAGAGAGGUCGUGCGCGACAACUGGUAUCACACCGGGGACGAGGCCACGAUGAGCAAAGAUGGGCGGAUCACCAUCCGGGGCCGCAUCAAGGAUCUGAUUAUUCGAGGAGGAGAGAACAUCUACCCGCCGGAGAUCGAGAGUCUUCUCUACACACAUUCAGAUGUGCUGGAGGUGCAGGUUGUGGGAGUCCCAGACUCGAGACUGGGAGAGGAGAUCUGCGCCUGGAUUAUACUAAAACCUGGGAAAUCUCUAAGCGAGGAAGACGUCAAAGGCUUCUGCAAGGGCAAGAUCAGCUAUUUCAAGAUUCCGAGAUACGUGCUCUUUGCGGAAUCUUUCCCGAAGACGGUGUCCGGAAAGAUACAGAAGCACAAGUUGCGGGAUGAAAGCAAGAAGGUUUUGAAUCUCUAAAGAAGGAAUAUAAUUCAUAUUCCUUCGUAUAUUAUUAAACAUAUUAAAAAAAA